AUCCCAAAAGCCGAUCCCAAAGCCAACGAAUACCCCGAGCCUAACUGUUUGGACCAGAAUGGUGGGAACAACCCAACCUGGAAACAUAAGGUUCUGUGUGGAUGCGUCUCAAUUGACCUCACUAUCGAAUCUGUCUUCCUAGCUACUAGUCCUUCUCAGCAGGUCUGGGGAUUUUCCAACGAGGCUUGUAACCCUGGUGUGGCGAAAUCGGAAUCUCUUGGUCAAUCGGGUGGUGGCUGCCACAACGUGGGUACUGAAGUUACUGCAAACCCUAUGCAGAGUGCGUUGCUCUGGGUUCCGUUCAUCUGUGAUGUUGCUGAGCUUAUGGGAGAU